AUCUUCCGCCGGUUUCUGCGGGGGUCCCUGCGCCCUUCCCGUUUCUCUCUCUCUCUCUGGACUGGCUUGGAUGAAAGGCGGGGAGAGAGGGGGGGGGAGUGUUGUCUAAACACUUCCUUACCGUAAGAGGGAGUUGGGACCCAGAGCUUUCCAGUUAAUCACACAACAAAACUUGGCUCAUCGCAAUAAAAAGAAGCAGCAACUCGGCUCGCUGUCUCCUCUGUUGACCGGCUGGGCAUCUCCUCUUCCCCUCCGCUGGCGACCAAAGCCUCCAAACCAGCCAUGUGGACCAACCAGCUUUUGCCACUCGGACUCUUCCUUCACUCCAUCAUCAACAUCCCUUGGGCAGAAGGCAAAGGGAAAAGAAAUGGCCUUCAUGACUACAGAAAGACAGCUGAUGCUACAUUAAUGAGAAUAGACAAGGCACUGAAAGUGAAGACCAAGCUGCUAAAUACUACGGAACAGUGCGCCAAAAGAUGCAACAGGAACAAAGGACUUCCAUUCUCUUGCAAGGCUUUUGCAUUUGAUAAAGCUUCCAAACGCUGCCAUUGGUUUUCCUUUACUGCCCUAGAAAAUGGCGUGAGGAGCAGGGAAGACAAUGCAUUUGACCUGUAUGAAAAGAAAGACUAUGUUAGAAAUUGUAUCACUGGUAAAGGAACAAAUUACAAGGGAACCAUAUCAGUCACAAAAAGUGGCAUUCGGUGUCAGGCGUGGAAUUCCACAAUACCUCAUGAACACAGCUUUUUGCCUUCGAGCUAUCGAGGUAAAGAUCUACGUGAAAACUACUGCCGCAAUCCCCGAGGAGAGGAAGGCGGCCCCUGGUGCUUUACAAGCAGCCCAACAAAGCGUCAUGAACCCUGUGACAUUCCCCUCUGUUCGGAAGCUGAAUGCAUGACGUGCCAUGGCGAGAACUAUAGAGGCCCCGUGGACCACACAGAAACUGGCAAGGAAUGUCAGCGCUGGGACCUUCAGAGACCACACAGGCACCCAUUUCGUCCAGAGAAAUACCCUGACAAAGGCCUUGAUGAUAAUUACUGCCGCAAUCCAGAUAAUAAGCCGAGGCCGUGGUGCUACACUCUUGACCCAAACACCCCCUGGGAGUUUUGCACAAUUAAAACGUGUGCUCAGAAUGUUGUGGACAGCUCUUCAGCAGCAGUUGAGACGAAGGAAUGCAUCAGAGGUCAAGGAGACGGGUACCGUGGAACUAUAAGCGCCACAUGGAGUGGCACUGAAUGCCAGCCUUGGGACUCCCAGACUCCUCACCAACACAACUUCACAUCGCAGAACUAUAAAUGCAAGGACUUAAGAGAAAACUACUGCCGUAAUCCAGAUGGAGCCGAGGCACCGUGGUGUUUUACUACCGACCCAAAAACUCGCACUGGGUUUUGCUUUCAAAUUCCAAAAUGUGAUGCCCCGAGUGAGCAAGAUUGCUAUCGAGGGAAUGGGACGAAUUAUAUGGGAAAUAUGGCGCAGACUCGCUUUGGCUUAACUUGCUCUAUGUGGGAUAAAAACAUUCAAGACUUACAAAGGCAUCUACCAAUAUAUAAAGAACCAGAUAUUAGCAAGUUGAAGAAAAAUUAUUGUCGUAAUCCAGAUGAUGAUGUUCAUGGUCCUUGGUGCUAUACAAGUGAUCCUCAGAUCCCCUGGGACUACUGCCCUAUAUCUAGAUGUGAAGAUGAUGCCAUUCCUACAAUGGGCAGUUUGGACCCUACUGUUAUCCCUUGUGCCUCAACAAAACACCUGAGAGUUGUUAAUGGAAUCCCAACUCAACCUGACAAAGGAUGGAUGGUUAGUUUGAAGGACAGCAGAGGCAGGCAUUUCUGUGGAGGUUCAUUAGUAAAGGAAGACUGGGUCCUGACAGCAAAGCAAUGUUUUCCUUCUCGGUAUAAUCUCAAAAACUAUCAAGCAUGGCUUGGAAUUCACAAUGUUGAAAGAGCACAUGAAGAGAAGCACAAGCAAGUUCUGAAUAUCUCCCAGCUGGUAUAUGGUCCCAAAGGAUCAGAACUGGUAUUGCUGAAACUUUCCAGGCCAGCAGUAAGCAGUGAUGCCGUGGCCAUCAUCAGGUUGCCCAUUUCUGGGUGUACCAUUCCAGAAGGCACGACCUGCACUGUUUAUGGAUGGGGACAUACAGGAAAUGCACCCUUUGAUGGGAGACUUCGAGAAGCAAAUAUGAUCAUCAUGGGAAAUGAGCGCUGCAGUCAGGAUUUUGGAACAAAUAUAGUCGUGAAAGAGUCAGAAAUGUGUGCUAAGGCUGAGAGCAUUGGCAGUGGAACUUGUGAGCGGGAUUAUGGCGGUCCAUUGGUCUGCGAGCAAAACAGAAGUAAAAUAGUAAUGGGUGUGAUCAUUCCUGGGCGUGGAUGUGCAAAUCUCAGGCGACCUGGGAUUUUUGUCAGGGUGGCCUUUUACACCCGAUGGAUACAUAAAAUCUUAAUGACGUUCAGAUCAUAGCUGAACAUUCCAGCCAAGAAAGCAAAUUCCAGUUGUUCGAACAUUUUGGGAAGUAAUGAAAUCAAAGUGUAAUGGAAGGUUCUUUGAUUCUUUAAACAAACGGCAACAAUCAAGUACUGCUUGAUAGUCAGGUUUUGCUGAUAUUUAUGGAUAUUUCUGUCAUGUUGAGUCUGUCGGUGCAUUAUAUGAACUGUGGUUUAAGCAAGUAUGGUGACCUAUUUCCUGAUAAUACUUGAAUGGGAAAGCAGAAUUUCAAAAUGUGAGUGCUGGAUGAAGAUGGGUUCUGUGGAAUUAGAAUGCCCAAUUUCUUAUAUGCUGCUGGUUACGUCAGCUGGUUGAUGAGACAUGAACAUAAUUUGAAAUUUACAAUAUUUUUUCCAUACUUAUGUAAGCCUCUUAAUACUUCUUUAGGGCAAUGAUAAAUGCAUGCAUCAGCCACAGCUGAUUCUUUCUCCUACUAAAAGCAAAAUGGAAUUAUAUUUCAAUCCCCUUUGUAAACAGUUGCUUGGAUUUAUAACCCAGUUUAGUUCCACAGGCUACAAUUUCUGAUUUUGGAGGGAAUCACUUGCACAAAAUGUUUCUGGGAGUUCACUGUAUGUUCUCCGUUUUACACUCUUAAAAAAGAAAAGAAAAGAAAAACCCUAAAUUAAUAGGGAUGCUUAAAAUGUUGUUGAUAACAUUUUAUAAGCCAUUAUUACUAUUGUAUUUUUGAACUAGUUAGGUUUUCUAUACAUAUUUGCAAUAAUGAAAAUAUAAUCCAGAGGAGUCAAUGAAUGGGUUCCAACAAGCAAAAAGCAGUGUCAUUUCUCUCAGUGGGUGGGCAGGGAUCCAAAGAUGUACGCAACUAAUUCUUUGUGCCCAGUGGAGUUCUUGAUGUGCUCCUUGAAUAGCAGUCUACCAUACUAUGUGUAAAGUCACUUUGAAGUGUUGGUGAUGACAGUAGCUGACUAAAUCUUUCAGAACAAAUAUCAUAUUUGAAAAACUCUUUAAAAUAAUUGGGAAAAUCCACAGAUAGUCGUUGCAAGCAAAACUGCUUCAUAAAGAGAGCAGACAAGCAGAUUAUGGGACAAUUCAGUGCUUGGUUUGCUUGCAGUGAAUUUUGCCACCAUCCCUAGUUUAGUUAUCCAGGAUAAGCAAUAAAUUUCCUAUACAGAAUGGAAUUGCAGAAUGCAUUUACAGCUACAUACAGCUUUGAAAGAUAAGCAUUUUAAAUGUGGGAAUUCUCACUAAAGAAUGUUUGCUUGCAUUUAAAAAACUGAUAAAACGCUCCACAGUAAGGCAUAACAGUGAGGUGCAGCUUGCAUGGCUGAAGUUAUACUGACACCCUUAGAAAGUUUGGUCUGUUCCUGUUAUUUACAAUCCCAUUAUGGACGGCUGGUGCAGAGAAUUAGAUACACAUCCUUGUGUCAAAAUGAGGGGGUGCUGCUUCACUGUCACAUGUCAGCAAACUUGGAGAGCCCAUAUUGAUACUGGUUUUCAUUGACAAGUGGAUCUGCAUGUCACUUCAGUGUUGAAACAUCUGUUUGUCAUAAUCACGCUCAAAAGUAAUUCUCCAAACACGUGGAAAAUAGGAUGUGUGAAGCAAACCUUAUUUGCCUGAACACUAUUUUCCUUAGUAUCAGACCAAGAAAACAAAAUAUAUGUGGGGCUUUUGUUUGCUUCUGCUGUCUUUUAGGUAAAAAUGUCUAUAAUUACGCAACAGAACUUUUAAUAGAAAUAAUGAAUUUUAAAAAUUUAGGUAAGGGUAAAGGUACCCCUGACCGUUAGGUCCAGUCACGGACUACUCUGGGGUUGCAGCGCUCACCUCGCUCUAUAGGCCAAGGGAGCUGGCAUUUGUCCGCAGACAGCUUCUGGGUCAUGUGGUCAGCAUGACUCAGCCGCUUCUGGCGAACCAGAGCAGCACACAGAAAUGCCGUUUACCUCCCCGCUGGAGCGGUAGCUAUUUAUCUACUUGCACUUUGAUGUGCUUUUGAACUGCUAGGUGGGCAGGAGCUGGGAGCGAGCAAUGGGAGCUCACCCCAUUGCGGGGAUUUGAACCGUCAACCUUCUAAUUGGCAAGCCCUAGGCUCUGUGGUUUAGACCACAGCGCCACCCGCAUCCUACACACAUUCAAAUCAAAAAUGGGGUAUGAAUUAUGAAAUUGGAAUUUCUGAAUUUGGUGUGCAUGCACAGACACAGGGAGACAUGAAAUAUAGUAUUAACAUGCCUUUUUGAAACUUGUACGCUUGAAUUGGGGUCGAACCCAACCCAUAAACCGUUAACCAACCUAUAUAAAUCCAUUACUUCAAUUUAACAGGGUUAUGAAGUUGUAAGAUAUUGUGAAACUCUUUCCCUAGAAAAGUUCUGGGUUAUAUCCAACAACAAAAAAUUGCGUAAGUGGAACAACCACUGGUUGUGCAACAGGACUUCUCUCCCUCCCCUCCCCACACAUGCUCCCCAUAUGGUCUCAAGGGUUGGGGGAACCCUAGACCAGAUUUCAGAAAGCAGGAGGCACAUGCAGAGGGAAGAGAAGGAGGGAAGGUUUUGCUUGUGCAGUGACUUGGUUGACUGAUAGAUCUGCCAGGCGGAAGCAGAGAAGGGGGGCUAUAAUAAAAUGAACAUGUCAAUCACUCUGCAUUUCUAUCAAGACUUAUGUACGCUAUAUAUUAUACAUGCAGGCAUUUUGUAUUAUGUAUGCAAACAUUUCUUUCAGUGUAAUAAAAGUGUUUCUGAAAUAUAAACUUCUGCUGUGCAGAAGACAAUGCAACCAUAGAUAUAUAGAUAUACGAAUAUAUGUGGGAGUGGGUGGGUUAUACAUGUAAGGCUUUCGAAAGGAUUUGUUUUGGGUGAAGUCUCAGUAGAAUGCAUUGCACAGAGUCUAUAAUUUAGAACUUAAUACUUCUGUACAGUAAGUUCUUGCCUAUCAGGCUUUUGAGCUUUUUGUUGGGUGGGGCUCAUUCACACAGUACCUUUUCUGUCCUGAUCAUCUCCUGGUAUGCACACAUGUGGCGAUAUGUACUAUAUCGACCAGGCAUUUGUCAUGUACAGUCUGUAAAUUGUUUUGAUCCCCUCUAAUUCAGGCAAGUGAGGGCCAGCAAACACACAGUGUGCUUUGGUGGAGCCUGCAUGGUUUCAUAGGCUUUGCGCAUUGCAGUUGUGACUGUUAAUGACUGACUGGAGCAGUUCAAACAGCACCCAGCCUUGUGGCUCCUGGUAGCAAGCUGUUGUCAUGUAAUGCAGUCACAGUUGCAAACAGUGUGAUUGACUACUGAAAUUCCACUGCACACUCUCAGGUGUGCCAGUAUUUUUUGGAUCUAAGGGAGGGAAGCUCUGCACAGCAGAUAAUGCAAAUCAUGCAUUAAACCUGCAAAAUAUGACCUAAGAGCUGCUUAGGUUAGUGCAAACCAUGUGCAAAUCUAACUGGGUUUUGUAUUAUUUUUACAAACAGCUACGUAAUCACCCCCUCUCAAAUCACAGGUCAUGUAACAGUAGAAUUUUAAAACUGCCCUCCAUUUCAAAGAGAGUUUGCUGUGAGGCAUUGGAGGGCUGUUGUUCAAUUAAAAAAACAAGCCAAAAGAGCCUUUGUGCUUCCUAAAAUCAUUUUACAGUUAGUAGGAUUCUGGUCUGUGAGUAAUGCUAGGCAUACCUAGAAUCUUUGUGUUCUAGUUACAGGUAGAUAGCCAUGUUCGUCUGCUGUAGUCGAAACAAAAUAAAAAAAAUUCCUUCCAGUAGCACCUUAGAGACCAACUAAGUUUGUCAUUGGUAUGAGCUUGUGAUCAGGCAUGCCUGAAAUUUUUGUUUCACUAAUUAUCAGCCCCAUGAGUCUGGUUUAAGGAUUAGAAAAGUGGUGCCCCGAUACUUGACAUUUAUCCCAUUUCCCUGAUCUAAAUCCUCCCCUCUUUCAAGCCGGUCUGGGGGUGGGGGGGAGUCAUAGUUUGGUCCUGUGUUUUUCACAUGGUCCAGCAAGUAGCUGGAGAUGGAUGUUCAAGAAAGCUGGAUUGGAGGGAUAGGAAAAAAGUGUGUUAAUUGGCCCUUGGCCCUUGGCCUUUUCUUUUUGCUAGCGUUGGAAUCUGAAAAACAAAUCUAGGGAAACGAAACAGCUUCUUUGCACAAAGGGCAAAGAGUUUGUGCAUCAUUUAUUCCUGUGGAUAUUGCUUGUUGGUACCCAUGGUACUUCCCCAUGCAAGUGUUACAAUUGCAGAACUAUUGCUAAGAAGGACACUGUCAAGCAAUUAUGUAAUUAGUAACCGUUCUUUUUCUACUAUACCUCGACAACUGAUGGAAAGCUUGUCAAGUGAAUAACAAGUUUUCCUCAUCAGUCCUGGCAGUGCAGACUACAAAGCAGGUUUCAGUUGUGUCAGUUGUUUUUUUUCUGGUGUGUGUGUGUGUGUGUGUGUGUGUGUGUGUGUGUGUGUGUGUGUACACUUUUGGAUUGUGUAUGUGCUGUUUUAUUAUUGUGAUGCAACUCUCUCAUUGAGCUUUUGGAGUGUGCAGUACAACUUAGGGCAUAUCUCAACUUUACGAGAAACAUGAAGAAUCCAACAACAAAAGUUGACAGCCUGUGUCAAUUGCCCAGCUUCCCCCUUAGUAAACUGAAUACAACUUGCCCCAUGUUCCAGUCCCCUUGUGGCUUAAAUGAUAUCAGGGCAUGGUUGAGUAGAACAAGAAGAGGGAAUUCAUCUCAGGGCUGCAGUUGCCAGUGGGCAGCUCUGUGCUCCUUGAAAUAUUUAAUCUUUUAAUCUGUGGCUAUUAUCAUUCUGUAAAAAAACAUGGUGGGGAUAUUGACAUGAACAGCUAUUGGAAAAAUAGGGCACAUACGUUUUUUAUUUGAGGUCAAAAUCAUAAUUGAGCAUUCAUUGCUUGAAAUUCAUAGAUGUGUUUUGUGUGUGGAACUGGGCUUGGAAGAUGCAGAAGAUGAAUAGCUUUUUCCAAGGGGAAAAAAAUGACAUUUUCAUUUAUUUCUGUGUUUUUGUAUUAGUUUUACUAUUCACACUGCCUCAGGUGGUAUUUAGAAAGCAGAGGUUUUUGCUCACUUGCUUUCACGUUAGUGGGAUUGUAGUGUCCUUUCUAAUAAAAAUAUGAAAGAUUAUGGGUCAGCUCAUCCCCUGGGAAAUCAAUAGAUUUCAGUUAAUUUGAUUUAUGAUUAUAUAUUUUGCCAUAUUAAAAUUGCUCCCCCCCCCAUGUUUGCCAGUAUAUUAUUGAUUUGUGAGUGUUGGCCUUUUGGUGAAAGGAGCCAUGUUAUUUCUUUUCACAGUCAUUGAGUGCCACUCCACUUUUACAGAGCUGUAAAUGGAACACAGAUUAACUUUCCUUCAAUAUUUUCCUCUAUUAAUAGAUGCUGCUGGUUGAUGUUAGAAAUCUGUUUAACACUAUGGUUCUGACUUUACAAUAAUUCCGUAACUAAGGGCAUCUUCACUAGCCAUUAAAGUUGGUAUUUUUGUAUC